GUUGCCCAUCAACUUUUGCUACUAGAUGAGCGUUGUGCAAAGCUAGUUAGCUGGCUGCACAACGCAUACAUUUCACGCCUCUCUCUCCUCGCCUGUGAGAUGCAUUAAUGCCUCUCGCGAUUCGGCGAAGGACCUGCAGUCGUCAGCAGCUCAGCAAAUCCCACAAGUGACGAGGAGACUCCAUUUUCGGACGCGGCCGGGGUACCCAGCAAGACGGCGGAAAGCUAGCUGGUGAUAUUGCUAGGCUAACUUUCCCUGCCAGAGCGAGCCUGCGAUAAAUUGUCUCUCUGACGACACCUUCGUUGACUACAAAAGACUCCCAGCAUGCUGAUGGUGGGAGGCAAUGGACGGAUGCACUAGAAUGAGUGUGAAGGAGCUGUGUGAGACCGAUGACCUGGCCACCGGUUUGGUGCUGGACCCUCUGCUGGGCUUCAGCACCCACAAAAUGAACAUCAGUCCCCCGCCAGAGAUCCGGCGCUGGGGUAAUCUCAAGGAGACCCUGUUGCGCUUUCAGCGUACGCACGACUUCAACGCUACGUUCGAGGCGCUGACGGUGGGGGAACUGGCUGGUGACUACUUCAAUGCUUUGGGAAGCCAUCGUCAGGAGCUGCUGAGGCAACACGUGUAUCGCUACCUCAGUGCCUUCCUGUUGGAUAGUGGUGUGAAGAUAGAGUCCUGUGACAGAUACUCCUCAGAGACCAACGGAGCAAAGAUAACUUCCACAAGGCACUGGUUUGCAGGAGAACGGGUGGAGGUCCUGCUGGGUUGCAUAGCAGAGCUGAGCCCCGCUGACAGCGCUGUGCUGAGGGCAGGAGUCAAUGACUUCAGUGUGAUGUAUUCCACACGCAAGCGCUGUGCUCAGCUCUGGCUCGGGCCUGCAGCUUUCAUUAACCAUGACUGCAAACCAAACUGCAAGUUCCUCCCUGGCGAGAAGAAUAUCGCUUGUGUUGAAGUGAUACGACCCAUCUCACCUGGGGAGGAGAUCACGUGUUACUAUGGUGCCAGCUUUUUUGGAGAAGGCAAUGAAAUGUGUGAAUGCUGCACCUGUGAGAGGAAUGGAGAGGGUCAUUUCAAACACAGAGGGAAGCAGCCUGAAUGUGAAGAAACAAAGGAUCCUGUGGGCCAAAAGUACCGCCUGAGAGAGAGAUAUCUUCGCCAUCACAGAGAGAAGGGUCACUUUCCUGCAAGGCCGAUAAUACCAGGAAUACACUCAGGUAUCUUUAAAGCCAUCCCCUCAAGGAAUUCCUUUACCCAGCAGAUGAGGAGAAAUGCCUUGAAGAACAGAAAAUUUGGUCAAACAAAGAAGUGGAGACGAGAGAAGCACAGACGAUCAGGAAAGCACCCAUUGAAAUCUUCCACAGUCAAACCGCAUCGGACAGUUUCACUUUUGUCCCAGCUUACUCUGAGGGACCUGAGAGUCAGACUACGGCGCCACACAGUCGAUUUCUUACUCAAUUGUAAGGAUCCAAAAAGCCAAGAAAGGGCCUUGCUUCAACAACUGGAGGAAGUGAAGCCAAAAGAUAACGGGCUGAGUGAACUCAAUUUGACGGGUGAAGAAAAUAACAACAGUGAGGUAAACUUGAAGCCUUUCACCCUAAAUUCCUCCAUGUCAGUUCAUCAAGAAAGUAGACCUGCAGUAAGUAGCGCAGACCUUAAUGGGAAGUCUGUUAAAGUGGUAAAUAGGCGGGUAGUUCACAGGAGGACGUCUUCGAGAACAAGAAGCAUGGUUCACACCACGCUCACACAUCAAACAGGGUCCACUAACACAGCCAACACUACAACUGUUAGUCACCCUGUCGAAAUUGAAACCUACAAUGCAAUAAAACACGAGAAGAUUGAAAAAGCAAUUGCAGAGAGUCAAAGCAACAAGUGCAGCAGCAUUGAAUCCUGCGUCAUCAACACGGCUCAAAAUCCAGCUGCUGGGCAAAUGGAGCGCAGGACCAGCAGAUCUUCAUCCUUGUUAGAAGUUUGUAAGAAUGUCACAGAUAGUUCAAAGAAAGCAGGGGACAAUCCACUAGUAUCACUGAAGCAAUACCUUACAGUCAACCUAACAAGGUUAUCAGUGUCACAAACUGUAGAAAUAGAAAAGGCCUCUGAAGCAAGGAAAAGAAGUGUGGCGGUAAGAGGAAGGAGCAGGCAGAGUCCUAGACCAGCGUCUCUGACAGUACAGUCCGAAAGAAGAGCGUCCAGAUCUCAGCAGAGGCAGGGAGGAAGUUCAGAGAUCUGCACAGCUGAAGGUAACAGAGGGGUGAGGGAAAUGUUUUUCAAGGCCAUUGAUAAAGUAAAUGUAAGGAAGCGACACACUAGUGAAUCUGUAUGUGAUUUAUUCCACAGUGAGAAAGGGGGGAGUGACAAGGUUAUCGAAAUACAAACCGUGUCAGAAGAAAGAGAGGAUGUAAAAAAGGAGCAGCAGGACAUUGUAAAAGGAAAAACUGAAGGGCAGGAAGAAAAGAAAAAUGCUGCACCUACAGUUAUUGAAUGUAAAAGUGAUAGGGCACCGGAAGAAGUGAAAGAGCCCGAAUGUAAAAUAGUGCCCAGUGAAAAAACUAGAGGACAAAAGGAUUUGCGUUGUGUUCGAAAUACAGCAAAUGAUGCAUGUAAGGAGUCGGAAGUUGUUAAACUAUCAAAACAAAUGGUUAGUUGUGUGAGUAAACACCCAGCAAGUAGGCGCGAAGAAGAUGUUGUCAUAAAGCAGGCAAAGGUUCUGCUAUCUGACAUUUUAAGAAAAGAUAAACCCUUAAUAGAUACAAGAUUACACAGAGAUAUUUUAGGAAGAGGGUUUUCGCUCGCCUCUAAAGAAACAGAGAGCGCUGAGGAGGAGAAAGAACAGACGGAAAUAAAUGGAGGCAGGUACCAUUGUUCAGUGCAGAGGAGGAUUUUGAGAGGACGAGACAUUAGGCCUAGAGCGGCGAAAAUAAAAACAGCGGGUAAGCAAAGCACCAAGGGACACUUGAGCAAAGAAGUUCCAGCUACAGUGAAGACUGAGUUGAGUGAGGAUACUUUGCAGCUUCAGUCUCCUCAGAGGCAUAAUGACCCACCAGCGACCUGCCUCAACUCACUACCUCAUGAGUCACUAAUUUCAGCAAAAGCCACGACUAAUCUGCACCCAGACCCCAAUCCACAGGCACACAUACAGUCCAACAUACCUCUAAAGAAACGUACAUUUCGCAGUUCUGUGGAAAUGCACUCUGAACAGGGUUUGAAUUCUGCUUCAGAUCAGGCUUCUAAAGAAGCCACUGGGUUGAGUACAUCCACAGAGCUGACAAAGGGGCUCCCCAUGUUUUCAGAGGAGAGUAGCAAAGUGAAAAGCAGGCAUAGGAGAACAGAAGUCCAAAGGUUAACCCCGAAAAGGAUCACAACCUUUAACCGGGUGCUUCGCUCACGAGCUAAUGAAGUUCAACGAAGUCAUUUGUUAAGGAAAGUUCGGAAGUGUAAAUUAGAGAGGCAGGAUGAGUAUGACAUUGACAAGGCUCAGAGUGAUAAGCUUGGAGAGGACAAACGAGCUGAGGAUCUUGCUAAAAUUCGUGAGCAGUGUGGUAAAAAUCCAACUCCACAUACAUCUAAGAAGGAAGACAUUGUGGAAACUUUAAUCCAGCAAAGUGGUUUGGAGGAAACAAAGGCGGGCCUCAAUUUUAAGAUUCGUUUUAAGAGGAGGAGAGGGAGAGUAUGGGAGAUGCAAAGGGCAGGAUUUGAAAGCAUGGCAUUAAAAACAGAAAAAGGAGAGGAGUUGGUGACAUGUGAUCCUUUUAAAGCCAUCAUGGAUUCUGUAUCAGUUUUAAACAUGGAGAUGGAGGCAGCUCAGGCUCAUGUGCAGGCUAGUAAGAAGUCAAAGAGUAGAUUGCAUCGUUUAAAAAAAAGAGGCGAGAGGCUGUGUGAAAAGAAGACCUCAAAUGUCUCAGACACAAAAUCAGAAAAAGACCUUGAAAAUGUUAAAAAUGAAUGCGGAUCCAAUGAAACACCCAGUGACAAAGUAGAAGUUAAAGAGAAGAUUGAUAGGGAUUUAGAUGGAGACAAGCAGCUGCCAGAAAAAAAAGAGGGUCAUAAAAAUGACAAGGAUGUGUUAUCAGCUGUAGGGCAAGAACCAAAAGUUGAAGAUCGUUUCGUAAAGAAUUGCUGUUUUGAAAUGGGGUCACAACAGAAACUGCAGCUUGAAUUGGAUGUAAAUGGUAUCCCGUUACCCGUAAUUAAACUACGCAGAAAGACGGAGGAUAUUUGGGAGGUGGACAGCAAAGAGGAGCUCAGACAAACUGAACUUAAAGUAGAGCCCAAUAUUAAGAAAGAGAUGAAGUGUCACAUUGUAGGGAAACAAAAGAAAGGAUGUCUGGAUUUUAGCAAGCUCAAAGAAGAGUUCCCAUCUUCACAGAGACUGACCAGCAACUCGACCCUUCUGAAAACAGAACCGCCACCGUUUUCCUUAUCUCUAUCACCACUGUCUCUGUCUUCCCCUCUUAAUGACAAUAAAACUGAAGUUAUAUCCUCAGCUGCAGAUAUAGUCACUGACAGGCCCGAGAUGAACAGCGGAGGAAGGAAACAGAGGCACAAAAUGGAGAGAACACGCAAGUGUGGGCUUGUAGAAACACCCACCACUUGUCUUAGUCACACUCUCCAACAAAUUGACAACAGUCUCUCUAGGCUUUCCGAGGGUUUGUGUUCAUCUCAGACUUUGGAAAAGCCAACAGCCUGUUCCAGUGCUUCUAAUUCUGUCAUCCAGCCCCCGUCCCAGUCUCCUCCAUUCACAAAUGCAGAUAACAUGCUUUCCGGUGAGCCUAGCUUCACAACCUGCUGUGACGAUAUCCUGGACUUUCAGUGUCUAAACUUUGAAGGGUAUUAUCAGCCACAGAAUAUCCUUCCAUCUUCACCAUCCGAUCUGUGUUCAUUGGAUCCACCCACAGAUCCUUUCAGCAGUCCCCUUUCUCACAGCCCGUCCGAUACAUGGACCACUGAAACGCCGUACCUUGGCCCUCCCAGUCCAGGAAAUAACUUUACCAGUGAGGAUCUGCAGUUUUUUCCAGGUCUUAUUUCUUCCAAAAGUGACUCUGUUCCUCUGGAAUGUGAAGCGAGGGAUACCUCCAAAGACAGAAACCUACCCAACCCCAGUUUCAGUUUUUCUGCUCUCAGCAACUCUGACUUGACUGCUAAGGAUCGAAUCAUAAGUAAAAAUCCAGGAAUGAGGCUGUCCAGAGAAGACCUCAGAACUCAGCCCUUGUCCGUCGUCAGCAAGCCUCAGUUGUUUGGUGCACCAUCGUCUUCUGUUACAUCUCAUACUCCUGUUACUUUUACCCAAACCCCCAUCAAUAUUAAGGGGAGCACCAGUCAAUCAAAAGCCCAGUCUAACCUCAGAACCCAUGGCCCCUUCCAUCGUAUGACCAUUCCUAAUAAAGCCCAGUCCUUUGCAAGUAGUCAGCCAAACGCAGUCAGAGGAGUGUCCCAUAGUUGCUUGAGUAAAUCCGUCCCAUCAUCUCAAAUGUCUAACAAACUUCUCUCUCCUCAACUCUUCACUGUGAAAAAUCCCAAUCCUCCCGACAAUCCAUUUAAAUUUCACGAGAAAACGUCUACGGUUAUUCACAGGGUGCUUAAGUAUCAGGGGGGUAACCAGAGUCAGAACUUGUAUAGUGCACCUUGUAAAGACACCAUGGCUGCUGGCAGCCCGAUCAUCACAUCCAGAACACUUGGUGCAAAAUCAGGUACUAUUGAGAAGACCCAGCAGAGUCAGAAGCUAGGCGUAAGUGCAGCCAGUCAUCAUAAAGGAAACAUCUCUGUUCAAGGAUUUGGGAAGGAUGCGGGCCAUCUUGGUUCCUCCACCAACCCUAGCAGGUCCAACCCUCAUUUCAACAAACCCAUCUCCACUUUCCCUCAGACUUUUAGUAAAAGUAAAAUGUCAUCUGACAAACAUGAAAGUGUUGAAACCAAUAUGACAUACAAGAACAUGUCAACGCUGCCAAGACCUUUCUUUUUCCCUAGCAAAAUGUCUGACAGUUAUUCCUCCUCGCAAGACAAGAGUUUAAGACCGGAUAAAUCCACUACGCCGGCCUCAGACAAGCACCAGCCAUGUUACACUCAGCAAGACCCUUUUGAUUUUAGCUUUGGCUCGUCUCUUUCGCCCAUGUCUCAGCACAACAGCCCCCAUGUGAUCCACAGUACACCCCCUGGUACACCAGCACCAGCAAACAAGAGUCAGUCCUCAACCUCCUCAGCCUCUUUCCCUUAUGGCUAUCAAGGCCCUCCUUACGUACUAAACUUCAGUGGAGAUCAUUCAUUGACCCUUGGACUCAGGGAUGGGGCUGAUGGUUACCCAGGAUUAGGCCCGGCAAACUACACCUACCACUGCCUGAUGGAACCUUCAGGCACCCAAGGGCGGCUGGUUCUCGAGCCCUGUGGACCCCAGCUCUCUAACCCAGCGUCUUUGUCCUUGGGUGGAUUUUCAGGGCUCAAAGGUCAGGACGAACAUUGCAGGAAGGACAUGCAGCAACAGUGCCAGCCUGGGGAACACCAAGGCCCACCACACUAUGGACCUGCUACAACGUCUCACUCCAUGGGUGCUACAAAACCCAAGAGAGUGAGGUUAGUGGUGACAGAUGGCACAGUAGACUUAGAUCUCCAGUACUCGGAUUGAUUUAUACCCACUGGAGUCACUGGAUCCCAGAAUACACUUGGACGUUGUUGUUUUGCUCAAGGGGGAUUAAACAGUAUCUGCCACAAGAUGUUUUUGUAAACACUGUAAUUCAUACAUAGUCUAGCAGUUAUUAAAGCCCGCUGACUGAUUGACAUUUUCUAAAUCAUUAUUUUGAUGGACUGUUAAUGUAUGAAUGACUUGUACAGGGUUUUAUGUAAACCGGACGAAUCAGCGUGUUUUAACUACUGUAUGAUUUUUAAAAUAUAGUGAAAUAUACACUACAAUUUGCUGAGAAUACCAAAUUUAAAAUGCAUAAAGAAAACAAAGCAUUAAUAUAUUUGUGACUAGGAGUUUGAACUUACAGGCCCUGUAAACAUGGAAAGCCCUCUUACUGUACUGUAACAUAGCUGUAUGAAUUUUUCUAUACCAUGUAUGUCAGUAGAGACAAGAGCACCAUCAUUGGUUGCUGGUACUUGUAUCGGUCGGUUUUAAAAAGGCAGCUUUGUGCCUCAGUCUUUGAUAUGUUCUUGUGACUUUUUUGAAGCACCUGUUGAAACAGUCCACCCUCGUUUUUUAUACUCACAGUAAGCUCUUUUCUCACUUUGUGUGUGUGUGUAACUACGUGUGUGCGCGCGAGUGUGUGCAUGCAUUUGGCAGGCAGGUCUUGAGGGAUCAAAGUGAGAUGUGUUGUCGUACCUGAUCGCGUGACUGUUGCUCUGCCAAAUUUUAGUAAGGUCAUUAGUCAUUAGUGCAUCAAUGAAAGGUUUGUGCAUGAACAGUGUACAGUGAAAUGAUUCCCCCGACCUGAAACAAUAUAUGUUCAAGGGUGAAGACGUGUGUGACUUGAACCGCAGCUUUUCACAGCUGCUCUCUUCAGUACCUUUUGUGGAUGAGUGAGUGGGAGAAACUGCAAUAUGUGUGUGUUUUUUUUUUUUUUUUUUUUUUCAGGCCAGUUGUACUUAAUGGAUUGAGGGAUAGUACAACAUAAGAUCUUUUUGUAAGGGGAGAUCUCCCAAUUGGAAGUUUAAGAGAAACAUGUUACAUCAAGAAAAGUGACAAUCUUCUCACUUUUGAGAAAUUCACUUUUGUCAUUUAUUUGGCCUUUUUAUUUUUGUCUUUCCUUUCAAAGGUGUUAAUUAUUAUUAUAAUACAAAAAGAACCGAAGGAUAAGUUGUUCAUCACCUACAAAAGUUGCUGAUUGUUAUUUUGUUGUUGCUGAUGGAGCUACAUGUUCAUAGGUGUAUUGUAAGCGGAGUUAUUUACUGUCGAUUGUGGAUGUCACGCGAGCAUUCCCUUCUUGUCAUGAUGUACUGUAUGUGGAACCCAUUUGACAUCAUUGGGCAGGAGUGUUUGGUGUGACGGCACAGCCUUACAUUACUACCAUGAAAAUGUACUGUCAUGAUAUGGAAAGGCCAAUUAUUUAUUUUAAUAUCCUCAUCCUUGAAAUGGUGCUUUAAUGUAAUUUAUAUUUCACAUUGAUUGUUCAAACUAUUAAAUGUUUUUUAUUAUUUAAUGGGACAAAAUACUGAACUGAAUAUUUACAUCGAGUAUUUAAUUUCAAAGCCUUUUGACAUCUUAUCCAAUUUUUCAGUUGUUACAGAUACAUUUUUUUCUUUUUUCUAAUUGUCAGUUAGUUUUACUGAAAGUCUGCUGUAGAAAUGUACAAAUGUAGCCUAUAUCAUUAAAGACACUUAAUUCUUUUUUUGUA